UUUUUCUUUGCUAAAGGGGUAUUUCCAUGGGUUUGCCUUGGUAUCGUGUUCAUACUGUCGUAUUGAAUGAUCCGGGUCGAUUGCUUGCGGUGCAUAUAAUGCACACAGCUCUAGUUUCUGGUUGGGCUGGCUCAAUGGCUUUAUACGAAUUAGCAGUUUUUGAUCCCUCUGAUCCUGUUCUGGAUCCAAUGUGGAGACAAGGUAUGUUCGUAAUUCCCUUCAUGACUCGUUUAGGAAUAACGGAUUCGUGGGGUGGUUGGAGUAUUUCAGGAGGAACUGUAACAAAUCCGGGUAUUUGGAGUUAUGAAGGUGUGGCAGGUACGCAUAUUGUGUUUUCUGGCUUGUGUUUCUUGGCAGCGAUCUGGCAUUGGGUAUAUUGGGACCUAGAAAUAUUCUCUGAUGAGCGGACGGGAAAACCCUCUUUGGAUUUGCCCAAGAUCUUUGGAAUUCAUUUAUUUCUUGCAGGGGUGGCUUGCUUUGGCUUUGGGGCAUUUCAUGUAACGGGUUUGUAUGGUCCUGGGAUAUGGGUAUCCGAUCCUUAUGGGCUAACUGGAAAAGUACAAGCUGUAAAUCCAGCGUGGGGUGCAGAAGGUUUUGAUCCUUUUGUUCCGGGGGGAAUAGCUUCUCAUCAUAUUGCUGCGGGUACAUUGGGUAUAUUAGCGGGCUUAUUCCAUCUUAGUGUCCGUCCGCCUCAACGUCUAUAUAAAGGAUUACGUAUGGGCAAUAUUGAAACUGUACUUUCCAGUAGUAUCGCUGCUGUUUUUUUUGCAGCUUUCGUAGUUGCUGGAACUAUGUGGUAUGGGUCAGCAACGACCCCAAUCGAAUUAUUUGGGCCUACUCGUUAUCAGUGGGAUCAGGGAUACUUUCAGCAAGAAAUAUAUCGAAGAGUUAGCAAUGGUUUAGCCGAAAAUCUUAGUUUAUCAGAAGCUUGGUCUAAAAUUCCCGAAAAAUUAGCCUUUUAUGAUUAUAUUGGUAAUAAUCCGGCAAAAGGGGGAUUAUUCAGAGCAGGCUCAAUGGACAAUGGGGAUGGAAUAGAGAGCAUAGACUCCAAGGCAACAGUUAUGGAAGCAACAGAGAAAGACUUUCAGAAGCGUGUUGAGAACACACAAAUCUGCUAUGCUGAAUCUGUCCAAGAGGUGACUAACUUCCGGGAGCAUCUGAGCAAAGACUAG